UGGAGCUGUCUCCUUCAACUUCGUUUGUGUUGCGCUCGCAUUUAUGUUUUUCUAAUGUGACGCAGAUGCGACGAAGACUGCCAACUUUUAAAGCCUGACAUACUAUACAGCUUCUGGCCACAGUGGUGUGUACACUUCGUAAGGCCACUGCGAUGAUACCUGUGACUGUUUGAGCUCGGGGGUGCGCACGAGAACCAGAAUGCCUGGUAAAGUACGGGUCAAGCUGGUGGCCGCCAGGAACUUGCCCAUCAUGGACAGGGCAAGCGAAGCCUGUGAUGCUUUUGGCGAGGUUAAACUUGGUAAUACAUGCUUUAAAACAGAAAUAUGCAAGAAAUCCCUUAACCCCCAGUGGAAUUCAGACUGGUUUCGUUUUGAGGUUGAUGAUGAGGAACUUCAAGAUGAACCACUGCAAAUCAGGAUAAUGGACUACGACACAUAUAGUGCAAAUGAUGCCAUUGGUAAAGUGUACAUUGACUUGAACCCAUUGCUUGGAAAAGACGUAGGGUCUACACUGUCUGGUUGGCUUCCUAUUUAUGACACUAUGCAUGGUAUUCGGGGGGAGGUCAACUUAGUGGUUCGAAUAGAACUAUUUAAUGAUUCUAAUCGGUACCGGGAGUCAUCAUGUGGGGUGCGCUUCUUCUACAGCAGUGGCAUCCCCCAGGGUUACCACGCUCUUGCAAUACUUGGCUUUGUAGAAGAGCUCGUGGUUAACGACGACCCUGAGUACAAGUGGAUUGACAAGAUACGCACUCCUCGAGCAUCCAAUGAAGCACGGCAGACAUUGUUUUCAAAACUCUCUGGUGAAGUUCAGCGACGAAUCGGCCACAAAGCUUUGGAACUUGGUGGAAACACAGUUGUAGCAUAUCGUCAGUGCUUUGACCUGGAAGGGGAGUCUGGUGUGGUGGUACGAGGCAUUGGCACUGCUGUAACCCUUGUGAGGAUCGGCCAUCCUCUCACCCUGUCACCUUUGAGGGAAGCUAUCAGAGAGUCCCCCUCCGAGGAGUCGCCCCCUCACCCCCUCCCUUCACCCCCGAGGACGAUUCCAGUGGCUGCGCUUUCGAGCAUCCCCCUGCAGAGGGCUUCGGACCCUGACCUUCAUACAGGUGGACCGGCUGCCGCUGCUCUCAGUGCAAGCUCUGGUAGUAGCACCGGUGGUGGACCAAGGCAGUUCAUCAACAGGCCAGCACUGGCUCGGGAAAGUCUGGAAAUGCUGGAGUACCCCUUCAUCACCAUGAAGCACUUCCCGCAGGGAUUCAUUCAAAGUAUCGGAGGUGUUGUGUCUGCAAGAUCUGUGAAGCUUCUCGACCAAAUCAACAAUCCCGAUGAGCCUGAAACUCGGGAUGCAUGGUGGACGGAGCUAAGGAAAGAGAUUCGUUCCCAUACGCGCUCCCUCGGAUGCAAUGUUGUACUAGGCUACAACGAAACCACAAACAUCUGUGAUGAGGUGGUGGUUCUGUCCGCGAGUGGGACAGCGGUGCUUUUGAACCCAGUGGUGGAUAAGGAGUUGGGUACUGCAUCCACGGCAAGGCACACUGUCGUCCCAGCACCUUCAAACACAGACAAGGAGAAGUCUGCACGCUCAACUGACUCCGGCUCAAAACCUGCAGGAGACAGCCUUGAUGAUGCAACAAGCAAGCUGGACUGCCGGUUGUGCCACAUUCCUUACAAUGAAGCAAGUGUUCCUUUUCAAGCUCAGCUAGUUAAGUGCGGUGUCUGCAGACGUGCCAAGGUGCCCGACGUUCUCUUCAUGACGAUUGAGCCACCAGCUGGAAUACCGAUUGUAGGCAAGAGCUGCCUAAUCCAGGCGAGGGUAUGCAAGAACAAGAAGGACCUUAAAGGGGAGCAGAAUGCCCGAGAGAUUAGUGAUAGCCUUCCAUUCCUUGAGAUUGAAUUGCAUCGUCAAAUACAGACUAAGCUUAAGCUCAAGAACCUGAAUGCCAUUUUUGGCUUGAAAGUGCAAGUUGCCAUUGGAGAACGCCUUAUUGCUGGAAUAGCUACUGGAACUGGUGCAUGCCUCACAGCGAUACCACUGCCUUCUUUACCCAUUCCAAACCUACGUAGUCGUCGUCAGGAUCAAACAGCAUUGAAGCAGAACGGAAAAUCCACGGGUGACUCCGAUACCAGUGAUGAUGAGCGGGUCACUUGUGACAAAAGCCAACAAGCAAAAUACGAUGCUUGUGUUGUGGAGCUGGAUGAUGCUGAGGACGCUAUCAGUAUUCUGAGAGAGCCGCACAUGCCUGAAGGAUUUGCUAUGUGCAACACGGAGGUUGUGCCUGGCAUGGAUGGCUUUAGCUGCAACCUACAACUGUUUAUGCAAACAUACCGAGCCAAGCUGUUUCCUGGUGUUCAUCCAAGUCGAAUAUUGUCCCAACACUUUGACCAUAUUAUUCAAAGUCUUUUUGUAAAGCUUCGCAAAUUGGUUCCAUGUUGCUUGGCAAGCUUGAGCUUUCAUAUUGAGCUUCCUGACCAAGAUGAACUGCAGGUGGCUGUUGUGGGGACUGCUGUCAGCUUGGAUGACCAUACUGUGGAAGCUCAGACGAUCACCAAACCCAAGCCUGUGUCAGUCUCCAUGGAAGCAGAGCAGGAACUCAUAUUUAGAAUGGAUGAGGAGAAACACACAGACCAGGUGCCAUCUCUUAGUCAAAAGCACGCCAGAAUUCCAAGGCUUUCCAAUUUGAGAUACCAGGAACUGUGCUGUGGAAGGCAUGGCGUUGACCUGACAUCUCUUGACCAUGUGCCAGGGGGAAAGAUUGAGAAGUAUUUGGGAAACCUAGACUUCUUUUUCAUUCGUGAAGGUACAAGCAUACGAGAGGAAGGUGGCCUGAAUGGCUUCGUGCAAGGCUUCAUGACUGAAAUCUUGGCAAUAGUGAGAGCUCACGUGGCGUCGUUAGGAGGCAAUGCUGUUGUGGCUUUUCAGAUGACUCAGUGUAUCUUGCUGCACAAUCCACACAAGAAUCAGGGACAGUGCUUAAUAAAUGUGGCGGGUGAUGCUGUGCUGAUCCACUACCACUCACAGAUGACUGAUGCAGAACCAUCUGAAAACACAUUGUCACCUUGUUGAAAUAAAAAAAAAAGCUCUCUUAAAACUA